UUUAUGGGCUGUUCCCAUGAAACCGAAAAAGAUUGGCCCACCUGGCAGCUGGCUGGCUGGCAACUGGAGGCCUUUCUCUCCUGGCCGAAGGCCCUGGCCCCUUGGUGGCCUUUGGGAAGCAGCAUCUCAUCAGGCUGUUUUUUUCUCUCUGAGGGGCGGCCGGCCUGGCCCUCGGGGCCGGGCUCUCCGCGCGGUGCAGAGACGUCUCCACCCGCAGGGUCCCUGACGUGGCGGGAGGUCGUUUCCAUGCGCUGCAAGGAGGCUUCCACGUGCCAGGAGGACGCCGCGAGGACGCCAGGGAGCCACUUUCUCGACGGGGAGAGGGAAGGCCCCUCGCUGCGGCCCUGUGAGGUCUCCAUCCAUCCGGACGAUGUCUCCACGCGGUGGGAUGAGGUCUCCACGCGGACCGUGGACGUCUCUGCGUAGCGGGCGGUCCCCACCGGGGCGAAGACUGCUUGCUCCCUGGGCUGAGGCCAUUCUGCCAGGCGUGAGGGGACCAGGGAGGCCUCUGGGCACCCCACACACCAACCGUCACCGCAGGCAGAAGAGAGGAAAACUACUGUACUACCACAGGGGGGAGCGCCACAACACGAUGACGUGGAAGCACCAUGGUCCUUCGAAGGCUAAAACACUGGGCUCCUGCCCCUCGGGCGUUCCCACGGCCCUGCCCCCGCCCCCUGGCUGUUCGGGAGCCAGCGGGGAUAGAGCGGGGCGGGGAUGGGCGGAGCCUCCUGGCCUCAUAUCCCACAAUGCCCCGGGACCGGAAGAGGGAGCCGUGGUUUCCGGAACUUCUCUCGCCACUGGGCGUUUGCUCUGUCGGGCUGGUGGCGAGUUGGUGUCUCUUGGUUUGUUAUGGCCGCCGCCGUCGCUAUGGAGACAGAUGAUGCUGGAAAUCGACUUCGGUUUCAAUUGGAAUUGGAAUUUGUGCAAUGUUUAGCCAACCCAAAUUACCUUAAUUUUCUUGCCCAAAGAGGUUACUUCAAAGACAAAGCUUUUGUUAAUUAUCUUAAAUACUUGCUUUACUGGAAAGACCCAGAAUAUGCCAAGUAUCUAAAGUACCCUCAGUGUUUACACAUGUUAGAGCUGCUCCAAUAUGAACACUUCCGAAAGGAGCUGGUGAAUGCCCAGUGUGCAAAAUUUAUUGAUGAACAGCAGAUUCUACACUGGCAGCACUAUUCCCGGAAGCGGAUGCGCCUUCAGCAAGCCUUGGCAGAGCAGCAACAGCAAAAUAACACGUCGGGAAAAUGAAGAACUGGAUACAGACGAGGCUCUGAAUAUAUAUAUAUAUAUAUAUAUAUAUAUAUGUGAAGAUAAAAAAAAUGAAAACUCCUCCUAUCUAGCUUUAUUAUGGUAGCCCCUAGAAUCUUUAGUGUGCUUUUUAAUCCAACUAACUUUUUAUUGUUAAUAGACUAUCACUGUUAAACCUGAAAUGUUCUACUUUGAUUUC